UUUUGCCAAACCCCCAAAAUGAACAGACAGGAGGCAACGUUGACGAAUUCUCAUAAGGAGGAUAAGAUCGGCGUAAAGCAUCUGGUCAGUCAAGUAAAGACUACUCCUUUGGAGACCAAAACGAUUUCUUUUCAAGGGUAUCCCGAACAAGAAGAACCUCAAGAAGUUGAAAUGGGUAUUGAUAGUCUUGUUCUGCAUAAGAAAAGGAAACUACUUGAUAGGAGGAGUUGGGACGGUCACGAUGAAACGGAACGCAGUUUGAGAGGUGUUUUGAGUGAUGCUCAAUUUGAAAGUGUGCAACAAAUGGAAGUGAACUACGCAACAAGAAUCGAUAGAAUGAAAGAACAGUUGAAUCAGUUUCAGUCACACACCAUACUACUUGAAAAGGAGUUAGAAGAGACACGGAAGGAGAUAAAAAUCUUAAGCUCAAAUGCCGGCGAUUUCGCAAAUCUUCACGCUACUGGGCAGUGUGAAUGUCAGAAGUAUCUUUCUUCACAUUUAGUGUACACUCAUGAAAAGUCGGCCAUUCCCCAAGAGGAAAGUUUAGCUCAGUUAUCAAGGAACAGGAAAACACGAACUAUUUUUGCGGAAACUCAAAAAGAUUCUUUUUUAUAUCAUUCUUUGUCUGAAGUGUCGAAACCAAAUGGACGACAUGAAAAUGCUGCUUGUAUGAAUAGUAAUAUUGAAAAGCAUAACAUGCAGAAUAGAAGCGCUGUCAAGGGGAAUUUGAAGGGAAGAGCCAAAACUGUUUUUCAGGAACCGUCGAAAGAGAAGAGUUCUCGUUAUUGGACUGCGGAAGAGCACAAAAGAUUUUUAGAAGCGUUAUCACAAUUUGGACGUAAAGAUCUGAAAGCAUUGUCGGACCAUGUCGGUACCAGAUCUGUUAUUCAGUGCAGAACGCACAUGCAAAAGUAUUUUUUGCGGUUGAUGAGAGAAUCUUCGAAUUAGGAGAUUCGAAAGUUCCAUCAAUCUAGCAGAUGUAAACGAAGAAUGACGACACUUCGUUUUAAUUACAAAGCAGUGAUGAAAAUGACGAGUUAUUUGUGGUUCCCUCUGUUGAAUCAAUUACGAAACAUCAGCAAGGACGUGUACUUGCGAUCAGUAAUGAGACACGGGAUAUCUUGUUAGAGGAAGAAGAAAGGAUGGCGAUCAAUGCUUUCUUUUGUAAAGUAACAGGCGAUUAUAUCCUUUAUUUUGUAGUAUAAAUAAAAGUGGGGUUCAAAUGUGAUGGAGAAUAGAAGUAUUUACUGUUCAUACAAUCAUGAUAAGCUAAAUUUUGAUAUCUUCAUGACGUUAUCAUGCUCGUUAACAGGUUGAGCUCAGAAUUCGAAAAUAACUUCGUCGAUCUUAUGAUUCUCACGAGGAACUGUAAAAUGAAAAGACAUUAGAUUUU